UUUGCUUUGUAUUUCUUCAUCUUCUUGCACUUCUCUUCAAUCUCCUUGCACUUCUCUUCAAUCUCCUUGCGAAAAUGGCAGGUUUGAUCGACAGAGCGAAGAACUACGUCUCCGAGAAGGUCGCCAACAUGCCGAAGCCAGAGGCCUCCGUCACCGAUGUCGAUUUCAAGCGUUUGAGCCGCGAUUCCGUCGAGUAUUUGGCCUAUGUUUCCGUCUCCAAUCCUUACAGCCACGCCAUUCCUAUCUGCGAGAUUUCUUACAAUCUCAAAAGCGACGGCAGAACGGUUGUGACAGGGACGGUGCCAGAUCCAGGAUCUCUGAAAGCGAGCGGUUCGACGAUGGUGGAAGUGGGAGUGAAGGUGCCGCACUCGGUAAUGAUAAGCUUAGCGAAGGACAUCGGGCGAGAUUGGGACAUUGAUUACGAGUUGCUGAUCAGACUCACCAUUGACCUUCCGGUCAUUGGAGACUUCAGCAUUCCUCUGUCUACAAAAGGCGAGAUCAAGCUCCCUACCUUCUCUGACAUGUUCAAAUAGCUAUAUUUCUUUCUUUCUUUCUUUCUUCGGUUAAUUUAUGUUUAAUCAAAUGUUACAAGUUCCAAAUCACGCUUACGUGAUGGAUAAUAAGG